UGCGUGUCCUCUGGUGAUGUCUCGGUCUGCGCUGCUAGCUUAAAGCACCGCCAGCUAGCUUAGGCUGCACGCUAGUUUUUCGGGACGUUUUGACGCAGAAAAAAAAAACCGCCGAAUAGUUGCGGGUUUAUUUGCGGAUGUAAUACACGGAACAGCUUCUGGUUCAAGCCUUGAAUGUGUCCAUUAAAACCAAAUCUGGCGUUUAAAGCGUUGCUAGCUUCGAUACAACUUUUUUUCCCUUCUUCUUCUUAAGCUAAGUUUAACUUUAAAUAACGGCUGGCGUUUGUGUUUAGGGAGCACGGAUAUGAAAGUGGUGGGACGUAAUAUGUAAUAAAACACACUUUUAAGUUAUUUUGUUUGUUCUUCCAAUCGCCCGAGUUGAGUGAACUAAAAUCAGCGCGAGCGAGUUAACGUUCGUUCGCUCGCUAGCUCGCGCUCAACUCGCUAACGGUUAGCGGUAACCGUUGGUAACGAGUAGACUGGUUUUAAAAGUGACGUUGCGCAAAACCCAGAAUUAUGUCGCAAUUGAACGAGGGCAUUAUAAGUGAAUUAAUUAAACGCAUAACUGCUCUCAUGUCGGCUAACGCUGCUUUAGCUCGCGCGCUAUCAAUCACAUCGAUUCAAUGAAACGCAGUGAUUUUGUUCUUUUUUGUACCUUCCUUUUUUGUUUGUUUAUAUCUUUUUUUGGAGUAACUUGAUUUGUAUAGUUUUCUUCUGUCGACGUGACGUGCUUUUGAAGACCCCGAGGCUGCUGAAUGAGAUCACACUAGUGGGAGUCACGACGGUGUGAUGGCGCGGCCAUGUGUGCAGCCAGCACUGUGCGUUUGGAGAUGGUUUUAACAGACGCCGCUCUGGAGGACUCAGGAACACUGCACUGGCCUGGAGAAGCCUCAUAAUAUACGCACACACACACACCUGCACACUAGAAGAUUUACACGUACACUCCGCCACCGUCGUGCCUUUAGAAAAGUACACAGGCGCAUAACGCAGGCUUCACCCGAAGAGCACACACACACACACACACACACAUUUACACCCGUCUGUAGCGAGCGUCAUCGGCGUCCCGUCCCCGCCGCCGCCAUGCCGAGCUCCACCAUCCGCCGGCAGAUGAAGAACAUGGUGAACAACUACUCUGACGCCGAGAAGAAGGUCCGAGAGGCCACCUCCAACGACCCCUGGGGCCCGUCGUCCUCGCUCAUGUCCGAGAUCGCCGACCUCACGUACAACGUGGUCGCCUUCAGCGAGAUCAUGAGCAUGAUCUGGAAGCGGCUCAACGACCACGGCAAGAACUGGCGCCACGUCUACAAGGCGCUCACCCUGCUCGACUACCUGAUCAAGACGGGCUCAGAGCGCGUGGCGCUGCAGUGCAAAGAGAACAUCUUCGCCAUCCAGACCCUGAAGGACUUCCAGUACAUCGACCGGGACGGCAAAGACCAGGGCAUCAACGUCCGGGAGAAGAGCAAGCAGCUGGUGGUCCUCCUCAAAGACGAGGAGCGGCUCAAAGGGGAGAGGUCUCAAGCUCUGAAGACCAAAGAGCGAAUGGCCCAGGUGUCCACAGGGAGCAGUCAGAUGGGCUUUGGCCGAGGCUCGUCUCAGCCCAACCUCUCCACUUCCUACAGCGAAGAGUACGGCAGGUCAGAGGGCUCACCUGCCUCCUACCACGGCUCGGCGGGCUCUCUCCGGGGCAGCGGCGUUAACAUGGGCUCUGAAUGUGUCUUGUCAGCCACGUCUCCCAACGCGGGCUCCGAACUGGAGCAGGCCAGACCCCAGACCAGCGGAGAGGAGGAGCUGCAGCUGCAGCUGGCUCUGGCCAUGAGCAGAGAGGCUGCAGAGCAGGAGGAUCGCGUACGCAGAGGGGACGACCUGCGACUACAGAUGGCCUUGGAGGAGAGUAAGAAAGGAGGUCCAGAAUCAGCGAAACUGGCCAAGAAGAAGAGAGAGCCGCAAUCCUCUCUGAUGGACCUGAUGAACGUCCCGGAGCCCAGUGCCAGUGCCCGUGCCAGCGCCGACCCCUGGGGCGUGGGGCGCGGCGCCGCCGGUGCUGCCGCCGCACCGGAGGACCCCUGGCACUCUUAUGGGUCACCUAAGCCAGCCUCCCCAGUGGACCCGUGGGGGGCCAAUCCUUCUGUCCCGCCCAUGAAGAGCAGUGAUCCCUGGGCAUCAAACUCCACUCCUGCCGCCGAUCCCUGGGGCUCCGCUGGCACCCGCCCUAAGACCUCCAACACAGGUAGCUUUGACCUGUUCAAUGCAUCCAACGGUACGUCUAAAGAGGACUUCUCAGAGUUUGACAGCCUGCGCUCUUCCUCCUCUGUCCCCACUGGCGACGUGGGCGGAGCCUCUAUCCUCUCCCAAGCCAGCCUCGCCAGCAGCGGCAGUCUGGACCUCUUCGACCCCCUGCCCAGCUCCAUGUCCAUGUCUGGCUUCUCGAACCCGACCAGGAAGACUCCAGAGUCCUUCCUGGGUCCCAACGCCGCCCUGGUCAAUCUGGACUCUCUGGUGACUAAACCGGCGCAGCCUCCGCCGGUCGUCAACCCGUUCCUGGCGUCAGGUGGCUCCGCUCCAGCUGCAGCAGCCCACGCCAACCCCUUCCAAGUGAGCCAGCCAGCGCCCCCCACCCUCAACCAGAUGCGGGUCAGCCCCAUGCCCUCCGGCUUCGGCGCCGUCGACACCAUGGCCGUCUCCACCGCGCUGCCGCCGCAGCCCAUCGCCAUGGUCCCCCUAGCCGGCAUAACCCGCCCUAUGCCCGGAAUGGGGAUGAAUACGGGGAUCCCGGCCAUGUCCCUCCCACAGCCCCUGAUGAGCAUGCCACCCCAGGCCGGGGGGCAGCCCGGCGGGACCACCAACCCCUUCCUUUUGUGAGGGGGAGGAGGGGGGUGACAGGAGGGCAGUAGCCCCUCCUCUCUCUCUUUCUCUCUCUCUCUUCCACUUUGGCUCCUGUAAGAAGCUUCAAAAUGAACAUGGAGAUGUCUUCUCCCAUUUAUCCCCUUUAUAACCAACUCCUAGCCAGGUCGUAGUCCCCCCCCCUGUAACACACUCCUUGACUCCUCCCCCCGUCUCUUUGUCUCAGUGCUACAAGCUGCCUAGUCCUGUGUGUUCCAUACUGAAGACGACGAUGUCUGUCAGACCGACAGAGUAGCGGUGGCGUUUACAGUUUUCUCCCACAGAGUCGGGACAGGAUCCAGUCUCUCCUCCCCUCGGGUCCACUCGCCUCCUCACUCCUUCCCUCACUCCUUCCCUCACUCCUUCCCUCACUCCUCCCCCUUCGGACUGCUCGUUUUCUUCUUCUGUGGUGGAGUGACAAGACAGUCUGACCAUACUAACGCCAGGAUCUUAUCUCUUCACUAGAGCUAAUCUUUUAUAAGCCCUGUCAGCCGGUGUGUGUGUGUGUGCGUGUGCAUGUGAGCACGUGUGUAUGUGUGUGUGUGCGCACAUCUCAGUACUUUCACACUGUGUAUAUUCCAGUGGGUUUUACUUAUAUACACACUGGAGUACGGAUGAGAGAUGGUCAGAUGUGUUUAUACUCUCAUUUGUGAAUGUGUGUGUGUGUGUGUGUGUGUGUGUGUGUGUGUGUGUGUUACUAAGCAGGGAUUUUGCACAAACAUGUCUUUUUUUUUUCUUCCGUCAGCGACCGUUGGGCUCACCGUUACACCUUAGCUAAGGGAGGGAGGCUCAGACCACACACUGCCUCGUCAUUCGGUACCACUCCGUCGUAACUCUUGUCUGGUCACUUCCUGUCAGUCAAACUUGGACUCCACCCCCACCCACCCCUUGCAUCCUCCACGUGAACUUUGACCUCCGGGGGUCACGGGACUAACGAUGAACACUUAUCAAAAGGGGGUCACCCCCAUUGUCCUAGGGGUUGAAAAAAUGCGUAAAGCAAUGUUGUCGUGUGUACGCGUACGUGCACGUGUACCGUUACCGCUCGGAUACUAACAGCCACAUGAUAAUGUAACCGUCACUAAAUCUCCCCAUCGUGUGUUUUAAAGAAAGAGACAUGAGCUGUGAUGGCGUCAGUAUUCUGCUAUCUGAACAUAUAGAUGCAGUGAUGCAUCAUGGGACAGUUUUUUUUUUUCUUCUUCUUUUUAGUUUGUUUCUAGGAUCAAAGGGAAGGGGGGUAGGUCGUGUGUGUGUGUGUGUGCGCGCACCGUUUGCAUGAGAGAUGCGUUUAGCUACCAAGUGUACUUUUAAUGAGCAAGUUUCUUAAUUAUUUAGUUUUCAUUCAAGUGAAAAAUGUAGUUUAAAGUCAAAACGGGGGGAUAACGUAGACAUCUGCAGCCUUAAGAGAGAGCAUGUGUGUGAGUGUGUGUGUGUGUGUGCGCGUCGUGUGUGUGUGUGUGUGUGUGUGUGUGCAACCACAUAUCAAGGAGCAUUACGAUGGUUUUCAGAGACGGCUCCGGGUUUAAAGAGCAUGUCGGCCGCUCGGCAUCGUGAAGCGUUUACCUCCCGAGGGGAUUUACUGCGGCUAAUCUACCCACAAGAACAUCACCUGGUGGACACACACACACACACACACACACACGGUUGUUUCAGGAUGGGUCUAUUGAUAGCACAGGGAAUCCCGCAGUAAACAACAGCGAGACGUGUCGUGUAAACAGCAGUUGUUACUUUUGUUUUUCUGUUAUUUACUCGUUAGAUGUAAAUCUAUAGCCGAGUCUUUCAGAGCGGUGUACUAGCGAAGCCGUGUAUCAUCUUCAUUCUCUCUCUCUUUUGUCUAUUUUCCCUGAUCGUAGUUUUGUUUUUUUCACCCUAUGGGAUGUAAUUCUCUUCUCUCAGGGUGUCGUACUUUGAGUAGUUUUGAACAGUAGGGUCACACUUCACUGACGUUUUCUUUCCUUCUUCUUCUGUUUAUGGAUUCAUUGUUGUAAGCGUUUUAUAUUUCAGAGCUAUCUUACAGUUUGUUCAGGAUCGAUGGAAGAAAGUGUUACUGUCGGCUGAAUAUCGGCACGUUUACCGACAGCGAGCCGAGCGUCUCUUUGUCUUCUAUCGGUUGCAGAAAGAUGAAAUAUAGCUGAUGAAUUCUUGUCCUUAGGUCACUUGUGCUCCCUUCUCGUCGGUUCUGUUUAUCACUGCCAGUGUUAUAACUGUGGAAGGGGUGUUUAUUUCCUUUUGGUGUGAGUUGGCGCCCCCUCCUGGUCUGCUGUGGUAUGAUAGCUACGCCAGCAGGACCCUUGGUGUUUCCACUAAACACAGACCUUCAUUUCUCUCAGGCAAAAGGAGGGGCAGCUCCAACCGUGUGUAUGAUUUUAAAGAUUAUGAUGAUGAUGGUGAUGAUGCUGAGGGUGGUGAUGAUGACUUUUAUGCUUUGGGGGGUCCGGAAUGAAUGGAUGCGACACUUACGUGCAGACCAGCAAACAUUUUUAAUCUCAACUAAAUAUAUGCAAAAAUUGGGAGUUUAAAAAAAACAAACAAAAAAAGAUUUAAAGACUUGACGCUUGAUGUGUUUUUUUGCAAAGUUUCGGUUUGCUAAUAAAGUCUUGUUUAUGGAAAUGCUACCA